GGAAAACUAUGCCUGAGCAACAGGUAAAAGGAGGAGCGGCAUGCAGUACAGCAGGUGCUGGUGGCGCCGCUCGUCACGGCCUGCAGCUUACUGCCGAUGAUGUGAAACAAGACGCUGGGUCAAUUGGAAUCGGCGAAAGCGGAAUCGUUGAUCCACAACUUGAACCGCGGAAAGGAGUGCUUUCGAAGUUGGGCCGUGUUGCCUACAGUGCCUUCGACAACGUGUGUUUCUUUGGAGAGGUAAUUUCCGAUUUCCUAGAGCUCGGGAAGACUGAUAUGACACGCAUGCUGGAGGAGAAGCAAAAGAUGACAGUGGAAGCAGCAGAACGACGUGCAAGUCGCCUCGAAAAGCAGACUACUGAAAUGAUGGACCGCUCUGCGCGCAUGGAGGAAGGUCAGGGCGGUGGAAGCGCCUUGUAGGACCAGCCUUAGCGCGAUGUGAACAAGAUCGCCUCAGUUUAUUAUCGUAGUAACAUUUCUGCCAAGGCCAAAUGCUUCGUAUGAUUGGAUGGCCUUCACUGGCAUGCAGCACCAUAGGUUGCAGUAGAAGAAGGCAGGCUCUAGAACUAAAGCAGUCUACUUACAUCAGGUAGAAGUCGCGACAACGGAUACGGCCAAGUUUUUUUGAACAAGCUCUUGAGGUCGAUCAGCAACUUAUCGCAGGCGAGUAGGGGAUUUCUUUGAGGCAUUGUCGAAAAACGAUGCCAAAACCUGGCUCAGCAGCUCGUUUGUUGAAGCGCGGAUAUUGCGCUACAGUUGCUCCAGCAAAAAAAUGGGGUUCAACUCCUGCAUGUUACGUUUCUGUUCUGCGUCGGGAAUUCCAUCAACAAAGUGCAGUUGUUGCAGCGCACGCGGUCGGACACGCUACGACAAGAAGCACUUACAAAGAGGUUCGCGGGAGGAAUGACGACUUUGACUUCGAAAUACAGGAUCACGACAAUGUUCGUGGUGUAAGAUACACCCAAGAUGAAUCAUCCGCCCCAGCUGAUCACUUCGACCAUGGUCUACCUAUACAGCAAGGUGGCUUCGUGAGCAAGGCCGAACAUCAAGGAGCUCUCAUACGAAAGGUGCUGCACCCUCGUACCACACGGCUCAAGCAUCUCCUCAGCUCCUCAGAAGUUCAUAACCCGAACACAUCUACUUCUGCUGAUUGUUAUCGACGCGAAUUUCUGCAGUUAGCACAGCAGUUGCACCCAGAUCGGAACAGGCAUCCCGACGCCUCUCGCGCGUUUGAAAAACUGAACGCUCUCUGGGAUAACUACAAAAAUGCGAAGAACCUCAGUCUCUCUACCAGUUCUCAGUUUGGUUCAUCGAAGUCAAAAAGUGCAACUAGUACUAACGAAAUACAACAGGCAGAUGCAGGUGCAGAUAUAAUUGAUCAUGGCUACCAUGUUCAUGCUCUUGAAGGAAAUGGUCGUGGCGCUGCGACGACAAAGACGAGGAACUCUUCGACGUCAUGGUUUGUCCGCGGUAUUUCUCCGCUUCCGGAGAUUAACCGCAAGUCGUCUGAACGUGAGGUCGCAUAUUCGAUGUGCGAACGCUUUACUCGAGCCCAGCGUGCUCAGUCUAGCGACGAUAUUUUGCGGAAGCGUUUGGCGUUGCAAAGCGUGCUGAACGAAGUUUCGAGUGCAAAUUCUAGGAAACCACCUGUGAGAAUACCAAAAGCCGCUUUGCAUCCGGUUUUCGUGCAACAUUAUGAAACGGAGUUCCGUCUCCGUGCAUGCGGGGCUUUCGGAAGGAGUGUCCUAUCGUCACUAAACCGGAGCAGGCAUGCCCAGGUCCCACCAGGGUACUUGCUCACGAGAGCGCUUGACUUUCUGUUGGAACGUUCGAGACAGAAGCAUGCAGGAGAAAAAGAAUUCCCGGUGCCACUAGGGGACGACGCAGCGUUCUUCACUGCGGUGGAGAACUGUCUUCGUCGAGAGUGGCGGGUCGAGCUGCUGCAGGCCUAUCACUCAGCCUAUUUGGAAGCCGCGCCAAAGCUCGACGCCGCUUGGCGGGAUUUGCUUUUCGCAGCGCGAGACACUGCGCGAAAAGCGGGAUUUCUGUGCCUAGCCGACAUUCAGAACUCUAUGCUGUGCGUCCACGAGAAAAACCCGCAGAAGAAGGGAAUGGAGCUGAUCGGCCCGCUGAUGAAAUCAUUCUCCGAUUGGUUUGCGCGUGAAGCUCAGCGUCUUUUUGAUCCCCGGUUCUUCGAAGAGACACGGCAAGAAGACGAAUUGGUUCAAAAACAGCCCAACGAGUAUAGUCAUCCUUCGCAUGAAACCAGUUCCAGUAGGAGCAGAGGUAGACCCAGUCAUUCUCGAGAAAGUGGCAACAAUGUCUCCACCAACCGGGGGCAGGCUACUUCGCUGGUGAAACCAGGAAAGAACAAGGUUGACGAGAACGCAAAGACGUAUUAUAGUACGAAUCAUGCGGCCACUAAUUACAGCACAAAGCGACAGGGCUUGUCCAUGUCGAAAGAUCUAUCAGUAGUCGCGGACUUGCCCGUCCUCACGGCCCAAUGCAUGCCGCAUUUUUUCCAGCGAGGGUCGUCAGGCGGUGCCCGCAGGGCGGGCUCCAAUUCGAGGCAUUCGCUCGCACCGUCGGUAGUCGUUGUUGACAAAGGAUUUGAUUUCUUCUUCUCGCUUCUCGGCAACUAUUUGGGUCUCACUUUUGUCAAAGACCCGUCUGUAUCCCAAUUGCAGGAAAAUUUGUUCGAGGUGCAAGUUUUUUCAAAAAACCAAGAGCAGGAGUCUACUUUCACGGGAGCAUCAGCGGAGGGAAAUACAAAUAUUGGCAAGAAAACUAGCAGUAUUUUUACGUCGCGAUCAGUUGCUGUCGGAGAUACCGACUCAAACUCAUCCACGACCACGUCCGGGUUCCCGGAGAACAAACGUCUGACCAAGAAGGGCGACAAAAAUUACCUUGGCACCAUUCAGGUGAACCUUGGUGGACCAUCUAUGCCGGGUCUGGCACCCAGUGCGGAAUUCCUGCAUCCGAAACUGGUUCGCAUCCGCAACUUGCGUGCGGAGGUGAUAGACGUCGACGGGCGAAGGGAGCAUCGCCUAGUACUGCUUUCCGAUCUCCUCUCGACGAUUCAUGAGUUGGGUCAUGCUCUGCAUAUGUUGCAUACGCCCAAUAAGGAUUAA